AUGCAUCUCUUGACUGAUAAAGAAAACAAAAAUGAUGGUUAUUGUGAAAAGAAAAAAAAUGAUACUGCAGCGUUUACGGAGACCACCCCAAUGGCGGUCGAGAAUUUUGAGAGGGUUCAUAAAUAUACUGAGGUUUCAUUUCAGCAGGCUGUCGUAAAUAUUCUCAGAAUAGUCCAAGCUAUCUCAAGCCCAGUGGAUGUUCAUCAGUUCCCCCGCCCCCUUCAUCAUCAGCUCCCCGGUAUCGACCAAGAAUCCAUUCUUUUGCUUCUUCUUCUGCUUACUUCGCGUUUCAUACUUCCGCCGCGAGUCAGCCGGAUAACGGAUGUAUCUGUAUGGCACCGCACUUUGUGA